AUGGGCAACUAUUGCGAUUGCUGUGGCGUGAGGGCCAAGGGGCCAGAAGGUUUGCCACAGUAUGGCAGCGGAGGUACAGCCGAGUAUGGGUUCGCUCUAGCCAAACAUGAUAGAGCUAGAAUGGAAGAUGCGGUUGCAGUUCACAACGAUGUUGCGGGACACACGUGCGUUGCUGUCUUCGACGGCCACGGUGGGGACAAGGCUGCCAAGCUCGCCCAGGAGCUUCUCCCAAAGCAGCUGGAUCAACAUCUGCGGCUUGCGACCGACAAAGAGAAGGCCAUUACCGAGGCUUUCGAGGCAGCAGAGGAGUGUAUGUAUCCAGAACUGGCUGACGAGGCCAAGGUGUCACCGUCGGGCACGUCCUCUGGGACCGUGGCAUGUGUUGCUCUUCUCCAAGAGAAGGAGCUUUUGUUUGUGAACCUUGGCGAUUGCCGAGCAGUCAUCUGCGAUGGCGCCAAGGUCGCAACCAAGACUGUGGAUCAUUCCACCGAAAAAAACGCGGAAGAGAAGCAUCGCCUACAGAAGCUCGGCGUGACCAUCGAUGCAGGCUACGUCGAUGGAAAGGUCCAGGUCUCCCGUGCUUUUGGGGACAUCGAAGGUAAGACUGGUGUCAAGAUCAAUGGCCUGAUCUGCAAGCCGGAGAUCACAGUCGUUGCAAUACAAGAAAGUACAGAGUUUGUGGUUCUUGCCACGGAUGGCAUAUGGGAUGCGCUGCAAGAACAGACUGUGCUAACAACCGCCCGAAAGGUGCUGCGCGAAAGUCGAUCUUCAGAAGCGGCCGCACAAGCAGUGUUGGAAUCUGCAGGACGGGUUUCCAAAGUAGACAAUGCGGCUGUCAUCGUUCUGGCGAUCAAUAUUCCGGAGCCGCUUCCAAAGCGCGAGCCCGGGCAGUUUCGUUUGAAGCGCGGCUCCAAGACGGAGUGA